GCUUUCCUUGUCUAAUUGCAUUUAUGCGCUAAAGGGACGGUUUCCAUAUUUGAUUGAAAUCUGAAUUUGCUAUUGCUGCUUCUAAAUCCGAUAUUUGAAUUACUACUUUGCCGCGUUUUUUUAUUCGUAAUUUGUGUUGAAUAUUUUCAAUAAAUUAUCAUAUUUUUUCGUGAAUUAACAUUAUUCGAUAUCCAUCGAUAUGUGAAAUAGUUACAGACAUCCGUUUCUUGUAAUAUAUAGAAUCGCGGGUGUUUAUUUUCGUUCAAAUAUCCGGUAUGCCGGGUGUGCGGUAAUUUCCUUUUUAUAUAUAAUAAAAGGAAAAUUCGCGAAUAUGGCAUUACGUUACGAAAAAGUUGUUUUAUGUCGUGGUUUAUCGGAAAAAAAUGAUUCGCAAGAGGCAUACGUAAAAACCUUGAAAACGGCAGGUUAUUCGUGCGAUUGUUUGCCUACUUUGCGCUUUGAAUUCGUAAAUAUUUCGGAAUUGAGAGCAUGUUUUUUAUCAUCAUCUUCAUACUAUGGACUUGUCCUGACAAGUCGUCGUGCUGCAGAGGCAAUUGAACUUUCUGCAAAAGAAGAUCCUGACAUUCUACUUCCUUGGAAAACUUUGCCAGUGUAUUGUGUAGGACCAGCAACAGAGUCUUUUGCUAAAAGUCACUUAGGUUCAGAGAACUGCUUUGGUAAAGAGGCUGGUAAUGCCAAAGAAUUAGCAGAAUUGUUAGUGGCUUCGAUUGCAAAAAAGUCAAAACCUUUACUUUACCCUUGUAGUGAAAUUGGACGUGAGACAAUAGAAAAAAGUCUUAAUGAAAACGACAUUAAUGUUCAUAAAAUAGUUGUUUAUAAAACUUUGGCUAGUAAAACUUUAGAACAUGAUUUAUUAAAAUUCAUGGAUAAUGUACCCAAGAUAUUCAUAUUUUUUAGUCCAUCUACAGUAGAAUAUAUACUAACAUUAUUGAAAAAAAUGUCUUAUGAUCUAAACAAUAUAAAAGCAGUUGCUAUUGGACCUGUGACUAAACAAGCAUUACUUGAUGCUGGUCUUAAAGUUUUUGCCACUGCAAACAAACCUGAUCCUAUAUCUUUGUUGGAUGCUAUUAAUGAUGCUGAUGAAAGUGAAUUUAAUGAAAAGAGUGAAUGAAGAAAUUA